GCCCUCUGUAAUAAAUAUUGGCAUCCUGUAUUAUCUGUGCUUUGUCCUAAUUUUUUGUAACUAGUGUUGAGCUAGUGUAAGCUAGUGGCUACUCUUCUCUAUCUGUGGAAGAGACGAUCGUCAGGCUAUUGACGGGAGAUGUAAUUUACGUUUGUCUUAUCGCUUUAGUUUUUUUGAUAUUGUUAUUGGAAAAUGUGACAUUAUUUUUACACUUAGUACCUCAUUUUGUUAAUUGUAUAUUUGUAGUGGACGGCGAGUUAGGUUACUAUAAUGAUAUCAUGUAAAAAGUAACUCAAUUUAAAUGAAAGACCAAUCACUGUAUCCUGACACUAUGGGGAUCAUGUACGAAAAACGGCCUCUCAAGAGGCCCCGUUUAGGCCCACCAGACGUGUAUCCGCAAGAACCUCGUCAAAAAGAAGAUGAACUCACUUCUACUAACGUAAAGCAGGGUUUUUCUACAACCCCGCAUUCUAGUGACGAGUUUGGCACUGCUAGAAAUUUUAACUAUUCUGCGUCUAAGAUUGGACAGUUUUUCUCUGGAAUUUUGUCCAAAAAGGAAGAACUUAAUACCCUUCCUGACUGUGGUAGAAAAAGACAACAAGUGAAUCCUAAAGAUAAUUUCUGGCCAGCAACGGCUAGGACCAAAGCGCAAAUUGAAGCAUGGUUUAAGGAUUUAGCAGGAAGUAAACCACUGUCUCAGCUAUCCAAAAAAGCACCAAAUUUUAAUAAGAAGGAGGAAAUAUUUAUAACAUUAACAGAAUACCAAGUGUCAAUGCCAAGAGCAGCAUGGUUCAUUAAACUCAGCUCUGCAUACACCGUGGCCGUCUCGGAAGCCAAGAUCAAGAAGAGGCAGCUCCCAGAUCCCACAACAGAAUGGACCUCAACUCUAAUUAAAUUCCUCAAAGAUCAAAUACCAAAGCUAGCAGAACAUUACCAGUGUGCUGCCUCGGGGAGCGUGUCAGACAAGACGCCGCCGUCGCAGUCAGGACAAGGCACACCCAGCCAUAAUUCCUCGGGCAACCCGCCGGGUAGCUCAACUCCUAAUAGUUCAAGUAUACCUAAUUCUAUGCACUCUCCAGGGAAUACGAACACUCUGGGCUCGUCAACGCCCGGUUCCUCAGAGGGCACGGACUGGCGGCAAGCCCUGAAGCUGUGGAACUACUGCUGCCGGCUCGCCAAACACCUUCUCGACGAGGGCUUGUUAGACCGACACGACUUUCUCACAUGGAUAAUUGACUUGCUUGAUAAGAGAGCAGCUGAUGAUGGUUUAUUGAGGCUUUUUCUUCCAUUGGCAUUACAACACAUGAGCGAAUUCGUGUUCUGCGAAGGCCUGUCGAGGCGGCUGGCGACUACUUGUGCUAAGAAAGCGGCCGCCAUCUGUUCCGUGUUGUCUGAUAGCACGAUACGCACUCUCAACCAACCUUUGGCUUUUUCGAAAAGCACAGACAGAUCAGGAGAUCCACUCAGAUCAAUGUCUCCGGCUACAGAACAAGGCAUUAACGAAUUGAAACCGAUUUUAUCACAAAUGAAGCGUUCGGGAACUCCUGCGGAACACAGUCAGGGUUCUCUUAGCACCAACCACUCCUCGUUGGGUACUCCCAACCCUCACUCAUUGGGUACACCAAAUCCUUUAGGCACACCGAAUCCGACGCAGGGAAUUGACGUCAAAGAAGAAUAUAAUAGGCCCAUAAAGGAGGAAUAUAGUAGACCAAUAAAAGAAGAAUACAACAGACCUAUAAAGGAAGAAUAUAGUAGACCUAUUAAAGAAGAAAACGGUUCGCCUAUACAAGAUACGAAAACCACUCUGACGGCGGUCAUCACAGCAGCACUCAAUCCGAUCCAAGUGGGCUUCGGCGAGGUCUUGACCUGCCCGUACCACAGGGACGUUAUCAUUCAGCUGGCGGCGAUCUUACAGAUCAUUUGCGUAGAAUGUCCCACGGCUAUGGUAUGGUCGGGCUGUGGUUCAUCCCUGCAGGGGUCGCCCCUGGACUUGCUGCCGCUUCCGCCGUCCGCUCUGCCCAUGCCUCAUAUGGACUCUGAAAUUACUGACGACCACAGAAAAAUGGUUUAUGAAGCUGAACAGAAAAUUGCCGCGAGAAGCAAAAAGGCAGAAAGCAAAUGGUGUACUGAUAAAUGGCAAACUAGCUCUCAAGCGCGCGUGCUAGCCGUGCUGGAGGCCUUGGACCGGCACUGUUUCGACCGCGUGGAUCCCAACAAUAAUCUAGAUACGCUCUUCAAGGAAGUGUUCGCUCAUUGUACGCCCCCCUCUAAGGAUACUGACAUCAAGGACCCAGAGUGGGCGUGUUCGUACGCGGUGGUGCGCGUGCUGUGCGAGUGGGCCGUGUGCGGCGCGCGCUGGGGCGAGCACCGCGCCAUGGCCGCCGCCGCGCUGCUCGACAAGCGGCAGCAACAGCUGCUGCACCAGCACCACGACCAUCAUGCACACGCCACCGGGUCCGACGACAAGGAGUCCGUUACGUCUGGCAAUGGCCUUUACAACGGGCCUCCAAUAUUCCAAAGCCUUUUAUUACGAUUCCUAGACUGCGACGCGCCUGUACUAGACGAUAGUCCGAACGCGCCGCCAAGCAACCGGCAACAGUUCGCCAACCUGGUGCACCUGUUCGGCGAGCUUAUACGCCGUGACGUGUUCUCGCACGACGCGUACAUGUGCACGCUCAUCUCAAGAGGCGACCUGAUCUCCCCGACGGAGCCCACGUCGUCGUCGGGCAGCAGCAGCAGCGGCACCGCGGCGCCCGCCACCGGCGGCAGCGCCUCGCACAACAUGGACGACGACACCUUCGAGGGCAUCGACCUCAAGCCCAAGAUGGAGGAACAGGCGCGAAUGGAUAUGGACGGUUCAAAAAUAGACGACGAACUCCAUAUGCUGUUGCAAAAUAUCAAAGAAGAUCAACAAAACUCUAUGGAUGCGCCUGACAGUCCCAAGGAUCCCGGAGAAUCGUCGCACAGCGUAAACUCUCCUAUGAUGGGCUCGAGCAGCAUGAGCAUACCCGGUAUGAACUCAAUGGGAAUGGGUCCCAUGUCCGUCUCAGGCAUGCGCACGGGGUCGGCGGGCGAGUCGUCGGGCAGCACGGCGCCGGCGGCGGCGUCGCGGCACUACAGCUACACCAUGCACUUCCCGCUGCCGCCCGCCGAGCCCGACCACACGCCGCACGACGCCAACCAGCGCCACAUCCUGCUGCACGGCGUCGGCCGCCAGCGCGACGACGCCAAGCACCAAGUCAAGAAGAUGACUAAAGAAAUAUGCAAAUUAUUUUCAAAGAAAUUCUCUAUCGACGUGGCUGAGGGCGGCAAAGUGAAGAAACACGCUCGGAGCGAGUUCAACUUCGAAGCCGUCACACAAAAAUUUCAAGCGAUGUCGAUGUACGAGCAAGGCGCGGUGUCGUGGGCAGUGGGCGGCGCGGUGUGCGAGGCGCUGGCGGCCUACGCGGCGGGCGCCACCACCUACCUGCCGCAGCCCGAGCACGUCGCCUUCGCUCUCGACCUCAUGGAGAUAGCGCUCAAUGUGCACGGUCUUAUUGAGACCUGUAUACAGAUUUUGAAAGAGCUGUCAGAGGUGGAAGGCGCACUGAUAGCGCGCGGCGCGCCGAGCACCGGACUCGCGGCACCGCGGGCGUACACCUCGGCGCUGGCGCUAUACACGGUCGGCGCUCUACGGAGAUACCACUCCUGCUUGUUGUUGUGCGUUGAGCAGACGUCGGCGGUGUUCGAGCAGCUGUGCCGGCUGGUGAAGUGCGUGGUGAACCCAGGCGACUGCGGCUCGGCGGAGCGCUGCGUGCUGGCGCAGCUGCACGACCUGUACAAGGCGGCCGCGCACCUCUGCCACGCGCCGCACGCCGACACCUUCGCCAACGCCUACCCCAAGAUCAAGCAAGCACUGUACUCGCCGCUGCAGCCGACUCCCUCGAGCUACGUUUACAACCCGCAGUUCCUCAGCGAGUUCUUCGCCAACCCACGCAAGGGUAAACUAGAAAUGUCAUGGGCGAGGCAAGUGGGGGAGUCGGCGGCCAACAGGUAUAGCUUCGUGUGCUCCGCCAUGCUGGCUGUGUGCCGCGAAGUUGACAACGACAGAGUGAACGAGCUGGGCGUGCUGUGCGCGGAGAUGACGGCGUGGUGCAGCGGGCUGGCGGCCGAGUGGGUGGGCGCGCUCGUGGCGUUGUGCGGCGCGCAGCACUACCCCGCCGCGCCGCACGCCGCGCCUCCGCCGCUCUACCCGGACCUGCUGCACCACCGCGACCUGCACGACGCCGCCGCGCACGAUGCGCUCGCCGUCUUCACCUGCAUAUUAGUCGCGCGGCACUGUUUCUCCCUAGAGGAUUUCGUCCGGCACGCGGCCCUGCCGUCGCUGGUGAAGGCGUGCGGCGGCGGCGCGGCCGGCAACCCCGCCAACGCGCCCUCGCCCGACACCGGCGCGCGCCUCACCUGCCACCUGCUGCUGCGACUCUUCAAGACCAUCGACACGCCUCAGCCAGGGUUGUACUCGGUGUCGACGUCGCCGGGGCCGGGCGGCGGCGCGGCGGGCGUGCGCCUCUCCUGCGACCGGCACCUACUGGCCGCCGCGCAUAAAAACAUCGGCGUGGGGCCCGUGCUCGCCACGCUCAAGGCUAUACUCAUGGUGGGCGACUCAACGGCGCGCGACAACGGCAAGUCGGGCGGCAAGAAGUCGUGCGAGCUCUCGCACAUCCUGGGCACCAGCGACGCGGCUCCCGCCGACGCGCAGCUCGAUCUCAUAUCGAUAGACUCAGAGAUGAGUGGGGGCCAUAGAACUCCUAGGGGAAGCGGCGGCGUCGGGUCCACGUUAUUAGAUUCCUCGCAGUCGCUGUCCUCGUUGGCGAGGCACGUGCUGCAGGAGAUCUGCUCCGAGGAGUGGGUGCUGCAGAAGUGUCUUCAGAACCCGGACGAGCUGUACCAGCCGGACAUGCUCCUGGACUCCAUGCUCACGCCGCGCCAGGCGCAAAGACUGCUGCACAUGAUCUGUUACCCCGACUCGGCCAGCCACACGCAACCCGAUCUCGACCAGAAGACUAUGGUCACUCGUCUGCUGGAGAACCUCGAGCAGUGGUCGCUGCGCAUGUCGUGGCUGGACCUGCAGCUGAUGUUCAAACAGUUCGCGAGCGGGUCGUCGGAGCUGAACGCGUGGCUAGACAUGGUGGCGCGCGCCGUGGUGGCCGUGUUCCAGCAACCAGCGCCGCCGCCGCCCGACAAGGACAGGACGGGCACGGACCGCGGCGUGGUGAGCACGAGUAAGUGGUCGCAGUCGGUGUGGCUGGUGGCGCCGCUGGUGGCCAAGCUGCCUGCCGCCGUGCAGGGCCGUGUGCUGAAGCAGGCCGGACAGAUUUUAGAGAGCGGUUGGGGCACCGGCUGUAACGGUGGCUGCAACAACGGCGGCGGCGGCGGCGCCAGCUCGCACCGCGACUGCAAGAGCCACCAGAGCCCCAGCUACAAGGGGUCGUCGAGCAGCAACAGCGGUGGCAAGCGCGGCGUGAGCGGCACCAACUGUUCCGGCAACAGCUGCUCGUGCGGGAGCGGCAGCGCCGUGCGGCUCGCCAACGAGCCACUGCUGUCGCUCGUGCUCACCUGUCUGCGCCAUCAGGACGACCAGAAGGAGAGCUUGCUAAGCUCCAUCCACGCACAACUGCAGCAUUAUCUGACGCACGCGCGCGAGCACGAGCGCGGCGCGGCGUGCGGCGACGCGUGGCAGGAGGAGGCGGCGCCCGAGGCCCUGCAGCUGCGCUUCUCGCUGGCCGGCGGCAUGUUCGACGCCGUGCGCCGCUCCUACCAGCUCACCUCCGACUGGGCCGUACUGCUGGCGCAGCUGCUCACCAACCAGCUGGUCGACGCCUACAACAACAGCGAUCUGUUCACGACGCUGAUCGACAUGCUGGCGACGCUGAUCCACUCGACGCUGGCGGAGGGCUGCGACGACAACAACCGCAAGCACUACCAGAACCUGAUGAAGAAGCUGAAGAAGGAGAUCGGCGACCGGCACGGCGGCGCCGUACAGAGCGUGCGCCAGCUGCUGCCUCUCUCCAAGAACACCAUCGUCGAGGUCAUCGCGUGCGAGCCGCUCGGGCUCGUCAUCGAUCAAAAGGGAAAUAAGAUCGCCGGCUUUGAUAACGAUAAGAAACAGGGGCUGCGACUCACGGACAAGCAGCGCGUGUCGGGCUGGGAGCUGGUGGAGGGCGGACGCAACCCCGCGCCGCUGUCCUGGGCCUGGUUCGCCGCCACCAAGGUGGAGCGCAAGCCGCUCACCUACGAGAACGCGCACAGGUUGCUGAAGUACCACACGCACAGCCUGGUGAAGCCGCUCAGCUACUACCUGGAGCCGCUGCCGCUGCCGCCCGAGGACCUGGACAACAACGACAGUAAACAGGACUGUGGAAGCUUCGAUUCAAGUCCAACUGGUUCUGGAAAAGGUCGCAAGUUACCUUGUAGUAAGAAAAUUAUUAAUAAGAAACCAAAAGUUACUACACCGACGAACGGGCAGGGCGCCGUGGCGGGCGCGGGGCUGGCGCCGGCCGCGGCGCAGCAGCCGCAGUUCAUGCAGCAGCAGCAGCAGCAGUGGUUCCCGCCGCACUCACAGAACUACUACAACCCGCAAGUUGGAGGCAAUCCGCGCGGCGUGGCGCCGCCCGCCAACACGCAGUCCAAGCAGGCGCUGAGCCACAUGCUGCGGCAGCGCGUACCCUACAACCAGAUGUCGCAGAUGCAGGGUGGCGGUUAUCCUGGAGCUCCCCAUGCGCGAGGACCUUUUCCGCGGCAGGGCAUGCGCCAGAUGCAGCCUAACCAAAUGGGGCAAAUGGGGCCAUCCAAUCAAAUGAAUACAAUUGGCGCGAUGGGCGGUAUGGGCCCGAUGGGCCAAAUGGGUGGAGUUCAAAUGGGUCCCGGACAGAUGGGUGCCGGUCAAAUGGGAGCCGGACAGAUGGGCGCAGGGCAGAUGGGUGCCGGCCAGAUGGGCGCGGGUCAGAUGGGCGCGGGCCAGAUGGGCGCGGGCCAGAUGGGAGGCGGGCAGAUGGGCAACAUGGGCAGCCAGAUGUUCGGUGGACAGUACGGCGGCAUGCAACAGGGCUACGCGGGCUACGGCCAGCAGAUGAUGCAGGGCGGCCAGCAACAGUUGAUGAAUCAGGGCAUGGGACAAGGUGUCAGUCAAAUGGGACAACAAGUAAACCCAAUGAACCAAGGGGUUGGCUCUAUUGGGCAGAAUGUCGGGCAGAUGAAUCAGGGCGUCGGACAGUCGGGCCAGCUCGGCCAGGGUAUGGGCCAGAUGGGCCAGAGCAUGGGGCAGAUGGGCCAACCAAUGGGGCAAAUGGGCCAAAUGGGCCAGGGCGGAGGAAUGGGCUCCAUGGCGAACCAAGCCAAUACUAUGGGCCCGCAAGGAAGCAAUACAAUGAGUGGCUUCCCUGGUCAACAAACAUUCCAACAGAAUAUGAUGGGGGGCCGAUCCAGCCAAGAAGCACAAUACCUAGCCCAGAGGCAGAAUGCGCGACCUCAGUACAUGCAGGCCCCGAACGUGACGAUGGGAGGCAUGGGCGGGCCGGCGCCGCCGUACCCGCGCGGCAUGCAGCCGCAGAACUCGGCGCAGUACCAGCAGAUGACGCAGCAGCAGCGCAUGCGCCAGCAGAUGCUCGCCAUGCAGCAGCAGCAGGGCCCGCUUGUGCAGCACCUGCAGCGCAACCAGUACCAGCCACCCUACUGACUGCCGCGACACUAGUCACCACACACCACCACCUUAUAACACUAAUAACUAACAUAUGUUCUCUUGGUUGACACCAGGUGAAAUGCCCUCCAUAGAGCUGUAUACAUUUUGUUGGUGGCCGGCGACUGGUUGCGGUGCCGUGGUAUCCCGGUUAGAUAUGGCCCUUAGGACUCACUCACAUUAGAAGCACACGUAAUAGCGCCGUACAUACAUACCUCGCAGCGUAACGUUCUUUAGUAAACAGCACGAGGUCUGAUUGCUCUAAUGGAACCGCCUAGUAUCGGUCUCAAGUGCAUGUGACCUGGCUCGCCCGGUUUUAAUUCGAAAUUUAAUUAAAUCCAAUAGCAAAAUAGAUAAUAUUUCCAAGUUCUUAAACAAUUUAGCUUAGUCUAUGUGUUAUGUGUAUGUUGGUCUGAUAGCCUAUGAAUGGACCAGAAAGUUUUAGUAUUUUAUACUCGCGAAGCUUAGGAUACGAACGACACCAAUUUGGUAUAUAUGCACUGCCUCAAAUAAGUGUCUUAGAGUUUAUCGAUGGACACGACAGGAAAACGCUCAUGUAAGGUCUCGGCCGCUGCCGUGGGCUAUGCAAUAACGCGCGUUCUCAUCUCACUUCCUUCCCGCCUGACGUUCAUUCGGCGCUGUGUAGGCAUAUCUCUGCAUUUAACUAUAUUCUUCUCAUACUAAUUUGUAAUUAUCGUAGUCGUCGUGCGACUGCUACCCGACGGAUAGAGUUAAUACUGAAUUACUGAUGCAUGUAAUAACACUGAAAAAUUAAGUGACGAAAUUUUAUAAUAGUAGUUUGUCUGUCUACUAGUAGUUUAUACCUCUGUACACAGAAAAAUGGACGUCCUUCUGGAAGGAUGUGGUAUAAAUAUAAUAAUAUUAUAUUAUAAUGAUUAAUGACUAUGGCGCAGAUGGUAAUAUUAGUACCUGUUACUUUUUAUCUUAUUGUUUCACCUUGUGUAACUUGUCUUUGAUAACAUUUUUUUAUUUUCGUAGCAGAUCUCCAGCGGUAAUACGUACGUGAGGGUAAUUAAAAUUAUUUCAUUGCAUUUCAUAAUAGUGUGAUAUGACUCUAUGAUUGUAUUAUUUAUUUAUUGGCUUACGCCGUACCGGUAGGCCUCUUCAAAGGUAUUCGAGACGUAGUGCACGUGUUGAAACAACAAAGGCUGAUAUAGCGCAGGCAAGCUAUGUAAUUGCUUAUAGGGCAUAUUUUACAACUCUUAAGUAUUUACUGACUGCAGCUGGUGAAUACAAUUUCAUUUUUGUUAAGAUCCAUGUCUCUGGUACUCGAGGUUUGAAUUCCUUGUUUUGUAGUAUUUAUUAUUUAAUUUAUAAUUUUUAAUAAAAUUUAUUUCAUGGAAUUAUUCAAUAUUCAAUAAAAUGUAUAAUUUAAUAUAUUAAUAUGUAAUUUCAAUUCUAUCUAUAAAACUUGACAUAGUUCGGAAUUCUUUAAUUAAUAAUAGAAAUAAUUCAAAUUGUAUCGUUAUUUAUAUAUUUUUUUUAUGUCAAAACUAUACUAUCACAAAUCACAAUGAGCAAACUGUAUUUUUUAUUACAAAAACAGAUAAACACAGGCUAAGGUUUUCUCAAAGAAUACACUUAAUUAGUACUUAGGUAUUGUUGUCUUUAUCUUUAUUAUUGUAUACAAAUUAACUAAAGCUGAUCCCUGAACUGUAGAUGAAACAAAAGGCUAAAUAAACAUCUCGUAGACUUCGUGCCUUGUCGCGUGUAGACGCAGAGUGGCGCGAUGUGGACGGGCACGUGCGGGAAGCGGCGUCCUGCACGAAUGAGAUCUCACGCACACACUGCGGGUUCUUCUCACCAAUUUGUCACCAGUCGUACCUGGGAUUUUUUUUCCAGUUGUUACCACUGGUGACACCCUGCUGGUAACUAGUGGGGUUACCACACAGCCUGUAUUUUCAUUUUAAUUAUUUGACAUGCCUGUUCUAUUCACAUUCAUGACCAUUUAUUUAUAGCAAUAAUUACCCCGUGUUCCAAUAGCGAAUACAGAAAUAUUUAUUGAUAUAGAUAAUUGAAUAUAAGUUAGAUAUUUAAAUUCUCGUUGAUAAGCUAGUGUGAUUAUUUUAACUUUUUUUUUAUAUUCACGUGAAAAGUUUAAUGCAUGUAAAUGUUGUAUCUAUUAAUGAUGGAUACAAAUUAUACAUAAUUAAGAUCUUUUGAUCGAUUACAAUUUGUCAUGUAACGAAAUGACAUUACGGAACGCAAAUUGCUCAUCUGAGCAAAUGACUCGUCUUCGUUGCAUUACACAGAUGAUUCAAUUAAAAUGUUGACAUAUUAAGGUUUAAUUAGGGCCUUAAUUGCGUGUUUACAUUUUGUAAUUCGUGUAUGUUUUUAACAUUUGACUAGGUAAACCAGGAACAUUAUUACAGUGAAUUUCACUAGUAGCGAUAGUAAAAUCACUUUAGCAGGCAAAAUUUUAAGGGAUUACCGCGUAAUGGUAUAAAUGAAAUAUUUGUUUACGAAAAAUUCCUAAAUCACAGAAUAUAAUUUUAAAACUGCUUUCAAUUAAAUUUUAUCUCAUUCGGAAUAUUACUUUAGGUAAGUAAAAGCAAACGCAAUUAAACAUCGAUAAGUCUGGCGAUGUGUGCAAAAAAAAACAAAAGCAGUACAGACGAAACCAGACGAUUGAAAACCUUUUCUAUCAGUCGCCGAAGGUGCAAAAAAAUCCUCUUUAAAUUUUGCUCUUAGAUGACCAAAUGCCAACGUUGAUAUCAUUCUGAGACGCAAACACUAAAGUUGUAACCAAAACAAACAACAAGUACUCUACAGUCUGUUGAUAGAUAACUGGCAACGUUUAUUUUAAUUCAGAACUAUCGCCCUGCUGAAGGAAUAAAGAUCUGCAGGCGAUUUUAUUCUGAAAGUUGCAAGCAUCUGAGUUAGUCGAUAUUGCUGUAUUUCGUUUAUGAAUAUAAAAAGAUUAUCGAAUAAAAUAACAAAUCUACCUUUAGCGUUUACAUUCCCCACCUCAGCUAGACCGUAUCUCUUUUACAUGGAGAUGCGGGGCAGGGCUCAGCUAGACCGUAUCUCUUUUACAGUACCUGCAAUAAAAAACGUUUCGUUCAACAAGAUUGCGUUUGUUUUUGCUUUUUAUGUGUAUCGGGGGUUUUAAUUUCGCAGAAAAAAUGUUUAAUGAUCGAUGAGUAUUCGAGAACACGUUUAUUUUGCCCUUGGUUUAUUUAAACAAAUGACGGACACAUGUUUGACCGACCCCGAAGAGAAUACGGUUCCAGCUAUACGGGGAAAUUACAUCGUCGGGUUUCGUGGACACUUUCUACUGAUUAUAGCAGAAAGUGCCCGAUGAAACGGUAGAUGUCAUAAGCCCUUUAACAGUGCCCUUUUUGCGCUUCGUAGACUCGCCUUAUAGUGUAAGGUGUACGCAUAAAAAACCGCAAAGUGAUGUACAGUUUAGCUAUUUACAUUUACGCAGUUCCUUAAAAAAAUCCCUUAGUACCCCUCCUGUGUAGUGCCGAGUCAUUCUUUUUUUUUAUCAAAAACCUAUCGUUUGUGGUACCAUAUGAAGGGCUUUUUGAGGCGAUUCUAGAAAUAUACCAGAUUAUUACGUUUCAGACAUUUUUUUUUUAUUAAUAAAAAAUAAAAUGUAAAACAUACCGAGUUAGGGCUCCUCCAGAUACGAUGUGGCUGAUUUGUUUUUUGUACAAUAUACCACAAACAAUACGGGAUAUCCACAUAUCUAACCCCACGAAAUAAAUUUUGAAUAUAAUAUCGUUAAUGGGUGUUUCCUAUGUAUUUAAGUAUCUACAAUCUAUCUAGAUUAGUCUUAUGUUUGGGAAAACGCGUGUUUUCGAAUUUUCAUGCGUUUUUUUUUCGACGCAGAAUAUGGUCGCUAAUUUCGUGUUGCCCGCCACUGUCCGUCUGGUCCAGCGGGUUAAAACGCGGACUGCUAAACGAAUGUUACGGGUUCGAAUCUCGCCCGGUGACUAACUUUUGUUUUUUUUAUAUGUUCAAAUUGUUCAAGUUUAUAUAUAAUUUUUUAAUUUUUAUUGUUUUAGACAAGUUUAAUUUAGUAAAAAAAUGUAGUUAAGAUUAUCACCUAUACACCACCAUAUUACAAUAAAUAGUUAUAAUAUAACCGAGCAAAGCUCGGUCGCCCAGGUACUUUAUAUAUUAUAUAUAUCGAUGUUUAAGUACCCUCAAUACAAGCUGUAUUGAGCUUACUGUGGGACUUAAUCAAUUUGUGUAAUAAUGUCCUAUAUUUUUUUUAAAUUAUUAAUAUCAUUUUUUUUUUCAUAUUACGAAGUGACACAGUUCUACUUCAGUACCUAUUUUAAGAGACUUAUGGAACUGUACUGCAGAUACGGUACACGUUAAUCAUAAAAUGAUACGUAAUAUACAUAUACCCAACGAGGGAUACCUCUUUAACCCUUUUACUGCGUCUGUUCAUCAUUUGGUACAGUUUGUUUCGUUUUUGUGUUAGAUACUGACUUAAAAAAGUGGCUGAAAGCUGAAUGAAGGAUGAUUAUUCAAGUGUAAGUAGGUAUCAAAGGUUCGCAAGUAUUCUUCAGCUCAGCGUUAAAACAACCAUUAAAUUAAACUAAAAUCAACUUAACAACAGUAAAAGUGCUACUUAAACGUACUGUGAUAGUUAUACACCGUGUUUUUAUUGAAUUCCGUUAACUCCGGGUAUGGGAUACGUUUAAGGAAACUAAAUUGCUUAAUAAAAAAAAUGCUUCAUAUAGCGUUGUUGUAACAUGUUGUAAAACUAUGACAUAUCAAUGUCAUUUCGAAUAUCGAUAGUAUUUACGUUUAGUAGCAAAUGGACACACUCGUACUAAACACUAAUCAAUAUGUAAACAGGCCCUAAGGCAAGUGUAUACGCUCAUGAGGGCCCUAUAAGAUAAAAAUAAUUUAUUGAUUAUCUCCGAAAUGGAGUUAAUUAGAAGACCGGUGUCUUUGAGAAAAUUACUUAAUUUAAGCUCAAGAAUGCACCCCUGAAAUUACGGAAAUCAAAAAAAGCAUGGUGUAGUCAAGGAACCAAGGAACGACUCAUAGCAGCACCCCACAGACUAAACAAGUCUUCAAAGACCAUGCAUGUCUUAGGCCCUGGGAUCUACAAUGCCCUACCUAAUGACAGUAAUGACAAUAUCAGAUAGUAGCAAUAUGUUUAAUAACAAACUAAAAAAAAUUGCUUAAUGAUAAGACCUUUUAUACUGUUAUUGAAUUCUUAGUCUUUGAAAAUAAUAAUUACUAAUUAAUGUAUUACCAAAAUAACAAUGUAUUUGAUGACGUGAUAUUUCAUCUAUGACUUACAUAUUGAUUUUAAUCGUAAAUUUAUUGGACAAAACGAUUUUUUUGUAAUUUUAAUUCUAAACAUAUAUACAUAUAUCUUUUUACUACUUCCAAUGAUUUAAAUGUAUUUAGUGUUGUUCACAUGUAAUAUUUUAAGAAUAUUAUCAAUAAAUGAGUAUGAGUAUACGUAACCCGAAGUAUACCCUCUGCAUUAUUAGGUAGGUAUAGAGAAAAUUAAUACAUACCUUGCAAUAUAAUACGAACACGUGACGCACUACCGCGAAUAAAAUAUACCUACACGCCAGACGAGAAGUGACCGCUGUGACCGACUGAAUGCCACGCCACGACUGCGGGCAGCUAAAUGCAGCUCGCGAUCGGAACUCAGAUAUUAAGGGACGGGUGGGAGGACCGGAGGGACAAGGAAUUUAACAUUUGUGAUCGUUAUUAUGACUUAGAUAACACCAAUAAUAAACAAAUCAGCAUAGUUCAAUACAGUUCCAUUAGAACUGUCACAUUGAAAAAUUAUACACAUAAUAAACAAAUAAAAAAGUUUUUGUUUAUUAUUAAGAUAUUAUGUAUCAUUUGUGGUAUAGUGUACAAAAAAAUCAGUUAGGUCUAUCGUAUCUGAAGGAGCUCAACUUGAUAUUUUGGGUUAAAAACUAUACCAACUGAUGAAAAGACGCAGUAAAAGGGUUAAAGAGGUGGUCCCCGUAUCAUUUUAUUAACCAGCUUCAUUUAAUGUGUACUGUAUCUGCAGUACAGUUCCAUAAGUCUCUUAAAAUAGGUACUGAAGUAGAACUGUGUUACUUCGUAAUAUUGCAAAAUAAAUAAAUAAAAAGUUCUAAAUGAUAUUAUAUUCAAAAUUGAUUUCUUGGGGUUAGAUAUGAGGAUAUCCCGUAUUGUUUGUGGUAUAUUGUAAAAAAAAAACAGCCAUAUCGUAUCUGGAGGAGCCCUAACUCGGUACCUAUGUUUUAAAAAUUAUUUUAGUUUUAAUUAAAAAAACUGUCUACAAGGUAAUAAUGUGUUAUAUAAUAUAUUUCUAGAAUUGCCUCGGAAAGCCCUUUCAUACGACACCACACACGAUAGGUUUUUGAAAAAAAAAAAAACGAUAUGCGGUUUUUCUUUGAAAUUGGGCUCAUACGGCUUCCACUAUUAGGUUUGCCCAACAUGUGAAUGGGACUUAAGAAUGCCUCGUCCCAUGUCAUUCCCUUUGCUCCAUCAGACCCGAGUUGUAAAUACUGGCGACAUACCAUUGCCAACAUUGAGAGGGUUUCAUUUACUACACAGUAUAGUAGACUUAAACGUUUAUUAUUUUAUUUUUAUAAUAUGUAUUAGUUUUAGUAAAGAUUACCUAUACUCUUAAGUCACCAAGGAUGUCUUACGUUUUGUCAUAGAAAUCAUGGCAUAUAUUAACGGUACAGUCGUUUUAGGCGUAUAUGUAAAUAUCGAUAUAAGAAAUACAAUUUACAAGAAAUUGAAAA